AUGUCUUUUUGGUGGAUGAUACAAAGCCUUUUGAUCCUGUGGACAGUGUCAGUGGGAUCAAAAAAAAGCAACUAUGAAGUCCGCUUUGAGUCGAUAGAUGCCGUAAAAGGAAGUACCGAAACCCUUUUUCUAUACCAGCUACGAUUGCUCGGUAGAAACCGCAUGAUAAAUGGAACUCUUAUUUUCUUAGAAGACUUGGACGAAACGUUCGACGUCCUUUUCGAAUCCCACGCAUUUAAAAAUGGAUAUUGGGUCAAGGGAAUCGUGAACGCCGCCGCCAGCAAACCCUGCGAAUUUUUCAAUCGCUACUACAUUUCCUUUUUCCUAGUAAAAUCGACCGAAUCGAAUUUACCCACUACCGGUGCUGAAAUGUGUCCUUUUCGAAAGGGUACAUAUUUUGUGAAAAACGGCGUUGUUUCUACCGAAGAUUGGCCACCCAUUGUCUUUAAAGGUCUUAACAGAUUCACCAUUUCGUAUCUAAAAAAUGGCGAAUGUGUUGGUGGAGUUCAGUUAACAAUUAGUAUAGCAGAAAUCAUCACAUAG